UUUUUUAAUCACAACAAUAGGAAAAGGUACAGACGGCCCAAAAAGUGAAGGAGCUCGCUCUAACCGGCCUGGCCGAUGCCAUUGAACAGGAGAACAAAGAGCAGUGGAGAAUCGACGGGCGCCACCACCUCUUCGAUGCCAAGCGGAAUAACGUGGCCAUGAUGCUGGAAAACAACCACCGCGAGCGUCUACACAUGGUGUACGAUUCAGUGAAGAAGCGGCUGGACUACCAGGUGGGCCUGCAGCAUCUGGAGCGCAGGCUGGCACAGGAGCACAUGGUCAACUGGGUGGAGAAGAGUGUGAUCCACAGUAUCACACCGCAACAGGAGAAGGAAGCAUCGCCAAGUGUACCGCUGACCUCAAAGUGCCGUCGAAGAAUGCUCCGGCAACCGCCUAAUCCCGUUCACAAUUACUAUUAUGGCAAUUAUAGAAGACUUAAUUAA